AUGGGUGUUGCAAACGUCGGUCAAAUAUGCAUCAAACGUGUGAAAGGCGAAGGGCGAAAAUCCCUACAAAUUUACAAAGGCAAAGUCCCCGCCGCUGAAAUGAACGUGUAUUACAACCACGACGCAGCCAGAGUGAUACUUGAAGCAAAUAUUGCUAGGGCUAGUCAGGAGGAAACAAACCGACCGAUUCUUUUAUCAGACAUUGAUCCAGACCAACUGGCGGUCACGCAAUUUGACAACCCACUCACCUACCGAUUGACCCCACAAGAAGAUCGCGACAACGAGGCUUACUUUAGAGUUAUUGGGGUGUUGUGCUCGAAGGUGUUGCCCCCUUUUCACUCAACCCCAAAGAUACGGACCAUGCAACACUUGCGGAACCUUCGUCAGUUUGUGAAGCUCACGGGCCUUGGAUCACCUUCGUUUGAUCUGGUCGGCGAUGCGAUGGUGUCCAUACUAAAGCUUUUCAAACAUACCCUGGGAGAAGAUGGAUUGACGGGGGUGGAGCCCAAGCUAUACGAGGGAGAAGUGGCGCUCGAUUUCCAUGCUCGCUACUUUACCGACCGUGAAGCUGCUCCGCAAGAGAAGCACGUUCCAUUCGAUGAACGAGUCGAUCCACGGGGGAUUUUGGAGACACUUCGAGGUACACGGCUUAUCCACGGUCCGGAUAAUCGAGUGGAGUACUGCAUCAAAGUCAUUGAUCCAGACGGAACGACGAGAUACGAGCCUUAUGAUCCAGCGUGUAUCAAGGAAGGUGACAUUGUGGAAGUCACCUGUGCGUUUAAGUGCGUACCCAUCAAGGACCGGCGAUAUCGUUUCCUUCCGGCGCUUCGGGCGGUUACCCUCUUGGAGUCUUGUGUGCGCAAGGAAUCGGAAACUACCCGAGAGCAAAGCAGAAGUCAAUGCGAUGUCAUCAAGACGCUUCCGCCCGCAAGGCUCCUAAAGCGCAAGUCAUUGUUCCUCAACAGCACGGAGAAGAAACCAAGAUCAGAGAUUCACGGAGAACCCGAACUAAACAUGGCGAUAGACCAUGGUCCACAGAGAAUUCGGGACGGACGCCCACUUGUGAUCCCCAAGGAAGUCCUCAAGGUGGUCGUGGAGAAUGCGGGGAUUUUUGACCUCAAGUCUCUGGGCGGAACUAACAGGAAGCUUCGUUCCUUGACCCGAACUGAGGUCGAUCGACGGGUUUUAGUCCUCAUAGACUCAUUUUCUCUAGACCCUCAAUCGACUCUCCUGCUCUUGCGAAAUGCCAGCGCCUACAUAUCAGGGUCAGCUGUGCUCGCCGUCAUCGAUCCAGGGAUGUUCGAACCCGGCGAUCUUGACAUUUACGUCCCCAUGGCGCACGCGCAUGAAGUUUGGGUCUACCUAUGGCAGAGGCGCAACCGAGGCUGGGGCCAGCUUAUUGACGAUGAUGACUUCGUCAGGGCAGGUUUGCCCAUACCGGACGAUGAAUACUGCGGCAUUCCCGGGAUCGCUGCUAUUUGGUACUUCAAGCAUGCGAACACCGGUAAAGUCAUUAACGUCAUCGUCACACGCACCAGGCAAGUUAAAUCGUACCCGGUCCGAAAUCUCUUCUUACACAUUUAUCCCUAUAGCUCAGCGCUCCCCGCCAUCAUCCGGUUCCAUUCCACCGUCGUUAUGAAUGUUAUUAGCUAUUUCGGAGUUGUCGCGCUAUACGGGAGUCUGACAAGGGCGAGGGUCGGAUUUACCACCAAGGAAGGACGAUUGUCGGGGAGGGAUCUCAGAUGCCUGGAGAAGUAUCGGGAAAGAGGAUAUGUCAUUUACCGGGACUCCCGACUGGAAGGCUUUGUCGGCAAGUUUCAACUUCUCGUCUCCCUGCUCACCGACCACCACCGAUCCCGUACUGCACUCAUGUACGUCAACAACAAGGUCACCGACGAGCGCUUCUAUGACAGCGGCGAAGUAGCGGUUCUUCUCGAUGCCGAGCUUCGCGUUGAGGGUUGGAGGGAGUGGAUACAUAGCUCUCACCUGCAGGUCCGACCCCCGCCAUGUAACCACCCGAAAUGCACGAAAGAUGGCACUUGUGAACCCUCCACCGUCUGGUUCGGGUGUACCAACUGCUUUCGCCUCAACAUGCGUUGCUCUCACCAUGACAGUUUCAUGAUGAUGUUGUUGGCGGAGGCAUUCCCGCGUUACGCAUUGGAAAGGCUGAUCACCAUCCAAGGCCAAUAUCAUGGUUACCAUGCUCACGCUCGCAGUAAAGCUGGUAGGCCAAUCGGUGCUAUCAAGGGAUUACAGAAUGUUGCCCACCAAAUGAAAGCGGUGGUCGCUGGGGACGAAGCAUACAACGGCAAUUCGGCGAAGACGGCCUUGAAAGACUUGCAGCGCUACACAUUUGAAUUAGCGAUAGGUCGCAGCGAACUUCAAAGGCGACUGUAUUCCCUAGAGGCCAUGAUCGAGGACAUGGCUAGUGUCAUCUAUGGAGUGCGGGUGUCGAAGAAGGAAACUGCAGAGAAAGGCAUGGAACGAUUAGAGAGGAUGAUGGAGGGUAGGAGGGGUGAUGUGUGGAUGGAUAUGCCAGACACUUGCUACGGCGAGCACAGCAUUUAG